CCUCCAUUCCCCUCCUAGCCAUUUGUGAAAAGCUCCACCUCUCCCGUCCAUCCCUUUCCCACGCGCCGGAGACCCGCCUCAGUCCUCCGGCCGUGAGAUCCCUCUCGGCCGCGUCGCUACGUUUCGGUUCGAUCUCGGCGGACGAUAGCAGGAUCGGAAUUAUGGGAUCGGAGCUGAUCUACCGCGGCCACGACGCGCAGCCGGCGCCGGACACUUACUCGCCGAAGCCCGACAAGCCGCUGCUGUGGCUGAGCCGGCCGAUCCGCUACAUGCUCCGGGAGCAGCGCCUCCUCUGCGUCCUCGUCGGCAUUGUGAUCACCACCGUGUUCUUCUCCAUCCUCCCGUCAAAGCCGGGCACCGCCGCCCUGGGCGGAUCCGGAUCGGGAUACUCGUUCGACCCGGUGCCGUACAGCUCGCUGAACCGGCUGGAGGAGUACCAGCACCGGGCGGCGUACCACCACCCGAUGUUGAGCUCCGGGGCCGGGAAGGUGCCGCUGGGGCUGAAGCGGAAGGGGCUGAGGAUCGUCGUCACGGGAGGCGCCGGGUUCGUGGGGUCCCACCUGGUGGACAGGCUGAUGCAGCGUGGGGACAGCGUGAUCGUCGUCGACAACUUCUUCACCGGGAGGAAGGAGAACGUGAUGCACCACUUCGGCAACCCGAGGUUCGAGCUCAUCCGCCACGACGUCGUCGAGCCGCUUCUCCUCGAGGUCGAUCAGAUCUACCACCUCGCCUGCCCCGCCUCCCCCGUCCACUACAAGUUCAACCCCGUCAAGACGAUCAAGACUAAUGUGGUCGGAACACUGAACAUGCUGGGGCUGGCCAAGCGGGUCGGGGCCAGGUUCUUGCUGACGAGCACCAGCGAGGUGUACGGUGAUCCCCUGCAGCACCCCCAGGUCGAGACUUACUGGGGCAACGUCAAUCCCAUCGGUGUCAGGAGCUGCUAUGACGAGGGAAAGCGUACGGCCGAGACGUUGACCAUGGACUACCACCGGGGCGCUGGCGUUGAGGUUAGAAUUGCUAGAAUCUUCAACACGUACGGCCCCCGCAUGGGCAUCGAUGAUGGUCGUGUUGUCAGUAAUUUCGUUACUCAGGCACUGAGGAAGGAACCCAUGACCGUCUAUGGCGAUGGGAAGCAGACAAGGAGUUUCCAAUACGUGUCUGACUUGGUUGAGGGUCUGAUGCGCCUUAUGGAAGGGGAACAUGUGGGACCAUUCAAUCUCGGGAAUCCUGGUGAAUUCACAAUGCUUGAACUUGCUGAGGUGGUGAAGGAAACCAUUGACCCGAAUGCUAAGAUUGACUUCAGGCCCAACACAGAGGAUGACCCGCACAAGAGGAAGCCCGAUAUCACAAGGGCUAAGGAGCUGCUAGGAUGGGAGCCCAAGGUGUCGCUGCGGAAGGGUCUUCCUCUCAUGGUCAAAGACUUCAGGCAACGCGUCUUCGGGGACCAGAAGGAGAGUAGCACAACUACAUCAUCAUCAUCUUAGAUUUAUCGUCAAAUAAUAUUGAUGAAAGAACAAGGGAGAGACCUCUAGAAGGAUUCCUCGGCAGAAGAUCAGUUCAUUGGUAUCUUUCCCGAGUUACAAGCAGUACAGAGUUGGCACCGACACAAAUGCUGCACAAUCUCGUACCAGCUUCCCUUCAAAUUUAUCACUAGAUGAUGCUUAGAUGUGGCCCCAUCCCCUUCAUUUCGCUUCUAUUCUACCAUCUUUUGUAGCUUCUGCUGUUCAUUUCUGUCCCCACCUACAAAUUAAAUAGAUGAUGAAGGGCUCUUGGAAUUACUCUUAUAUUCUUUUGGUGCAAACUUUGGCAUUGCACCGGAGGCGUGUCGGUUAGAUUUGCUUUUGUUGCUGUGGUUGUCAAAUUUCGUAAAUUCGACAGGAUACAGAGACAUCCUAUCCUGUGGGUUGAGUUCCCCUUAGAAGGUGCUAUACUCAUAUGUGAAAAGAGUAUAUACGAGAGAUCCUUUCCAGUC